AUGAAGCUGCCAACCAAUGGGGUAGCGGCAAUCUACCUUUUGCUGCACUGCGUGUCAGGAUCGGUGUUGAAAUCUUCCGCCCUCCAAUCAAGCGGUUCGUUUAUGAGUUUACCGCGUAACUUCUGGCAGGAAAUAUCCGUACCCUAUACCGAUCUGCCCAGCGACGACGACGAGCAGGAGGAUGAGUCGGUCGAAAGCACUACGCACGAUCCGUACCCGUUCUUCGACGAUGCCAACAUGAUCGCGAACGUGACCACCCAGCUGGGAAGCGAUGUGUAUCUGCACUGUCGUGUGAAUGAUCUGCGCGAGCGUACGGUAUCGUGGGUGCGGCGGAAGGGAGACGAGAUUCAUCUGAUCACCGUUGGCCGGCAGACGUAUAGCAGCGAUUCGCGUUACUCCCUCCAGUACCAACCACCGAACGAUUGGCAGCUGCUGAUUCAAUACUCAAACGAACGCGACGAGGGCCACUAUGAGUGUCAAAUCUCGUCCUAUCCACCGUUGGUCUAUCUCGUGUACUUGAUCGUUGUCGUACCUCGGGUGGAGAUCAUCGACGAGAGGGGUCAGGCUACGCUGGACAAGUUCUACAAACCGGGCAGUACGAUCGAGCUGAAGUGCAUCAUUAGCCGAGUGCCACAACCGACGAGCUACGUCACGUGGAAGCAUGGCAUGCGUAUGCUCAACUACGACACAAGCCGUGGUGGAAUCAGUGUAAAAACCGAUCUACUUCCCGGUGGUGCGAUGAGUCGACUCUACAUCGCCAACGCCAACCGCUACGACACGGGAAAUUACACUUGCGCCCUGGCCGACAUUGCACAGGCGAUGGUAUCGGUCCACGUGUUAAAUGGAGAAAAUCCGGCCGCUAUGCAGCACGGCACUGGACCACAAACGCAAUCGAUCGUGAGCCUGGUCGUGUUCAUCCAGCUGGCGCUGUUCGGUGUCUGCUGCGUACGGUGACAGUAGAAUGGUGCAGCUUAAAACCCCCGUAUCAUGCUUGCUCUUUGGUCGCAUUCAAUCCCACUUCCCUCACGUGUUGUCCCUCCGCAGAAAGCCACCGGAAUAUAAAGAGCGAAUGGCGUUCAUUCACAAUACCCGGACACCCCGAAUUUUAGAACCCCUGAGCCAACAUAUCAAUGCACUCAAGGAGUGCAGUUUUAGGUUGCAUUCCCAAGCGCUGUAAGAUCCCGCUCCUGGAU